AUGUCUAACGCUACGCAUUGUUAUGCUAAAGCGAAUAUCCUCAAAGAAAUAUUCAGUGAACUAUCACAACGAGAUUUGAAUAAAUGUGUUUUUGUUAAUAGACAAUGGUCAAAAGUAGCAGUUCCUUUAAUAUGGCGUCGUCCUUUUAGUGGCCCAGACGAGAAAUGUCAAAAGAUAAUACACACGCUCUUUACAUUGAUACCGGAAGGCGGUGCAACCUCAAGAAUUUUUAAUCGAGGUUUACUAUUAAGUCUGGGAAUAAAGUUACCCGUUAAUAAUCCAAACCCAUGUUUCCCGUAUCCUUCAUUUAUCCAAGAUUUGGCGUAUGGAGAAUUAAUUUCUUCCAUAAAGAAAUCAGGUGUAUUGGAAGUAGAAAAUAAAAAACAAGAUUCACUUGCAUUAUGGUUUGCGUUGACGGUCGUACUUGAAGUAUUCAAGGAUUAUGGCGUGUCACUUCAUUCAAUUAAUUUUAAGAUGCAAAAAAAUGAUCUGGAUUGGAGACUAUGUCAUUUGAUUGUAAAUCAACAGUUUUCGUCUUUGAUUUCUAACUUGAAAUCAGUAACAUUAGUCGAUUAUUUCCCAAAGGAACCUUUGUAUUUGCAACUUGCUAAAACAUGCAAAAAUUUAGAAAAAAUUUACGUAUGGACUCUCGGCGAACCCAGAAACAAGGUGCAAAAGGCACGGAAAAAUCUCGCAUACUUAAUCAGCUCUCAACGUCAUUUAAAACAUCUGGAAAUUUCAUAUGUUCACGGUCACUCAGCUCCAUUAAUGCAAUCUCUCGCGUCGCAAGCAAAGACAUUACGACAUUUUCGGAUGUAUAAUGUGAAUUUCGAUAAAUGCUGUCCGUGGGAUGCGUUGGCUGAAUGCAAACAACUGGAAACAUUGGAAAUUCUUGCAUAUCACAAAGUGAAUGAGAAUAUGGUGCGUCCGUUAACUAAUGCCAUAAAUCAAAUGAAUAAUUUGAAAAUUAUUGAUUUUAUUCCGUACAGUAAAGAAGAAGAGUGUGCGUCGUUGCAAAAAUUGCAGAACAUCCUGAACGAAGUAUUGUGA